ACAAUUUUUAUUUCUUCCCCACUUUGCCCCUCACUCUCUCUGCGGAGUGAUGUCGCCAUCUCUUCCACUUCACUUCUUCCUGUUCACAGUUGCAGCAGCUCUCGCAUCUCCCGUAGCCUCCCAUUUCUCUUCUUCCACCUCUCCGCCGUCGCCGGAGGCCGCGCCGUCGCUCUCCGAGUGGAGAUCUGCUCGAGCUACUUACUACGCCGCCGCCGAUCCCCGGGAUUCGGUGGGCGGAGCGUGUGGAUAUGGCGAUUUAGUGAAGGCAGGGUAUGGCAUGGCCACGGUGGGGCUCAGUGAGGCGCUAUUCGAACGCGGCCAGAUCUGCGGCGCCUGCUUCCAGCUUAGGUGCGUUGAGGACCUCCGCUGGUGUAUCCCUGGCACCUCCAUCAUUGUCACUGUUACUAAUUUUUGUGCGCCUAAUUAUGGCUUCACGGCUGAGGGUGGAGGCCAUUGUAACCCUCCUAAUAAGCAUUUUGUGCUCCCGAUUGAAGCGUUUGAGAAGAUCGCUAUCUGGAAGGCCGGAAACAUGCCUGUUCAGUAUCGGAGGAUCAAGUGCCGGAAAGAGGGGGGAGUUCGAUACACGAUUUCUGGGUAUGGCAUCUACCUCUCGGUGUUGAUAAGUAAUGUUGCAGGCGCUGGAGAUGUCAGUGCUGUAAAGAUCAAGGGCUCGAGAACCGGUUGGCUCCCGAUGGGCCGAAACUGGGGGCAAAACUGGCAUAUUAAUGCUGAUUUGAACAAUCAAGCCCUCUCCUUUGAAGUGACUAGCAGUGAUGGAGUAACAAUUACCUCCUACAAUGUCGCUCCAAAGAAUUGGAACUUUGAGCAGACUUUUGAAGGCAAGCAAUUCGAAUCUUGAAAUUUUCCACUUAAAAGUAAUUUUUGUCUGUAAAAGUUUUUUUAGCUAGUUCUCCAUCCUCUCCUGUAGGCAUAUAUACAAGGGGUUUGUAUGGGUUUAUUUUUUGUGCUUAAUUUAUCUUUGUUCUUUCUUGGGCGAAGGGUAAUAGAUUUUCCUUUUCGUUUCUUCAUCAACUGUACAAGAACAGUGGGGUAUUUGUGAAGGUUAAGGAUAUAUGGCAAUUUGAUCUUGUAGAAUGUAGAGGAUUGAGUUUUGUUAUAAUGCAGGUGGAACAGAUUGAUGUGUGAGAUCAAA